GAUCCGGCGGAUGUAAUGACACAGGGAUAGAGAGAUUCCGGGAUCCGGUGAGUAGGACGGAUCGGGAUCGGGGUGUCAGCAGCACCUCUCGCGAGAGCAAGGCCCGGCCACAGCGGUGUCGACGGAAUGAAGCGGUGCGGGCCGGUGGCGCUCGGCCGCUGGGCCCCCUUUGUCCGGGAGCCGGGCCGUGCCCUGGUGCUGUGCCCUGGCCUGGAGUAUCUAGAACGGGCGGCCCACCUACUUCAGGUGCAACGCGACUUCUCGGGGGCGCUGGCGGCCUGUGAGAGUGGACUGGAUUGGCUGGGCCCGGAGCAAGACCAGCCCGGCAGCUGCAGCACAGCCCGAGCCGCUGAUAUCAGGUGCUCGCUGUGUGCGAUGGGGCUGCAGGCACUGGCAGAGCAGCGGCAGUGGCGCCGGGCCUGGGACUGGCUGCUGCAGCGAUACGGCAGCCCCGAGCGGGUCCCUGCUUGGCUCCUCCAGAUGUGCAUCAUUCUCUACAGCAAGGCUGGAGAGCCAGGCCUGGUACAGCAGGCGGUCUGCAGCUGGCUGAGGGACAGAGCCAGUGGCCGCGCCCCAGGCGGCGUGGCUGUGGUGCUGGAGCUGUACGUCCUGCAUGUGCUGCUGCCGCUUGGUCUCUACGCAGAGGCAGAGAAGGAGAUCACGGACACAGCAGUGUUGACGGAGCAGCAGAAGCAAUUGGCACUGGAGCUGGUUUCGCAAAGGAGGUCCAGGGUGCUGGAGCAGGAGCCGGUGGACGGCAGGAGCCAGGAUCCAGCAGAAUGCAACAAGCAGAGGUGCUCAGCACACUACACACCACGCCACACGUUCAAGUUCAUUAAGCAAGUGUUAGGGUUGUGUGGACGAAGUCUACAUUUGGUAUCUCUGCGCAAGCUGCUGCUGGCGGUGUUUGUGGCCUAUCUACUGAUGGUCAGGCUGGAUCCUGCUUCCCCAGCAACCUUAUCCUGUUUAACCAGCCUCCGGCACUUUGUCAAGGCAACGUGGGACGCUAUGUUUUCCCUUUACCACAAGGCAAGGAUUGGUGUGUGACGGUGGUUGCCCAUCCUCUGGUUGGUUAAGCUCCAUGGUGUAGCGCAUGUGAGGAAGUCCGGCAGCCAGGGUUUCACUGCAACUCUAGUGAAACUCAUCCUGAUCAGCAUUAUCGGAUCUGCGGUCUGUGGCCUCUGCACAGCAGAUACAAACCUCAACAUUCUCUGCUGUGAUCCCUUUAAGCCAUCCUCUGUAUUGAAGGGGUUAAAUAUGUCGCUGGGUUGCUGUUAUUAUCAGGCCUCUACUGAUCAGUGUAUUGAGGAGGUAAACAUGUGGGGUCAAAGUGGGGAGCAAACCCCAAUCCCUUCGUGGCCUUGCCUGUUCCACUGGUCAAUUCCACCGCCCGCCAACUGUUCCCCUUAACCUCUGUGAUGUAUCCUUUCUUCCUUAUUCCUCACAACCUCAUCUAAAUAACUGGUGGCAUUGAGACACUUGUAUUUGCUUAUAUUUCUGUAACUUUCUCUUCAAUGUCACUCCUGGCAAAUCCAAAACCCAAAAUUACCAUUCUCUGUUUAGAAAUCAUUAAGUCCUGAUAUUUUUAAUGAUAGCAAAUGGUAUUUGAAUUUCAAACCUGAGGAUCUCAGACCACCAAUUCUAUAUUUGGAAUAUAAAAUUCUAUUGUUAAAAACUCAUGGGGAGGUAUAAAAAUUCCUUCACUGGGCCCUGGACCAACUUGGAAAGGAUGCUAUUGGAAGCAUCAUGAAAUAUUAAAGAAUAAUAAAUUCGAGGGAUGGAAUAUAUUCUAAAAUCCUAGCCCUCAAUAUUUUCAUCUCUCGUUUAUUUAUCCAAUCAUGGCUGGAACAUUCAAUCCAGGGAUCGAUCCUGAGGUCAAGAUAUUUCUCAAUGUUACUUGGAUUAAUAAAUGAAUCUUCUCCUCCAUUGAAAAUCCAAUUAUAGGUAGCAUUAAAAGGGAGGGUAUUAUUUUUACACUCCAUAUAUCAUAGUCAGCAGUCUUGUCGAGAUUAACUUCAAGACUUGUAUUCUUACAGACGUUCUCCUGGACCUUGAGGAUAUUGACCACAUCCUUGUGAGAGCUGCUCACAAGGACAACAUCAACAAAGGCUAAAGCUGUACAUGACAUAUUGUCAGCAGUGUUGUUGCAUGAAUGAAAUCGCCAGAGAGAGUUACUGGUAGAUACAAAGCAGCUUCUUUAUUCGACAAAACCAGGUACAGCAGGCAUCAUAUGGAGAUGCUUUCGAUAGAAAGGUCUGCUGGCCCAACGUGGGGCUUGUUAUUUAUUUGCUAAGCACAAGGCAAUUCCAUAUCUACAAAGUAUAGACAAUGCUUUCUUUUGAAGCUACAUACAAACUUCACACCUUCUGAUUCGCAUCCAUCCCACAGACGUCAGCAGCAUCUGGACUGGGAUCCACAGCUUUUAGGAAUGCAUUGUCCCACACUGACUCCACAAUACAUUAUCGACGAACAGAAAACUGGUAGCCAAAGCCAUUUACUAAAUGUAAAUGACCUGAACUCAAAAUUACUCUUAACAGUCCCUCCUCUUGGAAAAAAAAUAAAUUUGUACCAGGAAAGGCCGACCUAGGAGGAUCUACUCAAAUAGGGCAGCAAAAAAGCCCUGCCUCGAAAUUCCUCUCUCCCCCCCCCCCAAUUUUGUGUGCGGAGAUCUACUUUAGCAUCCCCUAAUCACUACCUACCAACUGUUAAGCAGAGAGGUUGUUCCAGAAAUUUGAACAAGUCGUUAGAAAUGCGGCUUCUGCAAGGACCUCUCCCUAGUGGCACCCCCUUCCGAAAUGUCCAGUCAAUCACUGGCGCAACUGCUGCAAGGGCCCAGCCCCUCAGACUGGAGGUUGCUGCCUUCAGAUGCUGUGUGCAGUCUGAAAUGCCAUCGAAGUUGUGGAACUUGCUGUCUCUACUUUAACUUUAAAAAAUCCUUCCCCAUCUAUUUUCUAAUAUCUUUUCUAUUCUAUGCUAUUAAACUAAUCAUCUACCUUCAGCAGCCAGCCUUCAUUACAAAGUACCAUCAUCAUCACACUUUAGCAUGCCAUUCACGGUUUCCGUCUCGCUCUCUGCUGCUUCUGUCACGCUGUUGGAGUCUUCUGCCUUUGCAUUUUCUCUGGGUAUGUUUUCAUCAGCUGUGGUCUGGCUGUGUUCCUCUCUUAGGAUCUCUGUAAUUACACUUGAUCCACCGCUCUGUCUGUGGGAGCAACAAGAGGGUGAGUCAUAUGCUUUAACUUGAAUCCAGUGUUUCCACUGGCUGUCUCGCCGACUCUGCACACAGACACAAGUAUCAUGGGUUAAGAGUACCACCUGUGGCUCUGUCCAGCUGGGGGCAAGCCCUGGCCUUUCCGGCAGCACCCUCACUAUAACUUGGUCACCGGGCUGUGGAAGGACUAUCUCCCUUCCCUCUGGCGCUCUCUGAUCAGCGAUUCGCUGCUGUUGCAUCGCAAGGUCCUUCAACACUUUAAGUUGAUUACAAAGGUCUUUCACAUACUGUGUCAUUCUAUCCCUGUAGGCCCCAGGCUCUCUGCAACCUGUAAUUAUUCCAUGAUAUAGCUUCAGUAGUAUCUGCCUAAUACAUGGUGGGACCACCACAUCUCUUUCCUACCUGUGUGCCCAGCUCCCAUCUGGUCCCUGCUUUGCUCCUUUCUCCGCCCCCUCACCUUCUCUUCUGCCCCCACCUCUUCAUAUAAUUUUACCAAACUGGCUUCUGUCAUUCCUUCCUGAGCACUUGCAAUUUUAAUUGCGUCUUGUUCCUCCGCUGCCUUAUUCGCAGUAAUGUCUGGCCUCGGAGGGACUGGAAAAGCUUUAUGUUCUGGAGACAGGCCAUUCAGGACUGUUGCAGGGCCCGCCACUAAGGGAUGCAAUCUCAGUUUGGUCUUAAGGGUGGUAUAGCCUGUUAUUAAUGGAUAUGAUCCACUGGGCUUCUUUACUGGCCAUAUAGCCGAGUUAGUAGUUGCCACAGUCACUCUGAGUAUCUCCAGGUGUUUUAGUUCUUUUACUUUACCCUGAACAGCGGUCAGUGUGUCAGUUUUUAUAGGGUACUACUUAUGGGGUUUAUACAGACCCCCCUCUAUUUUAACUGAGUUUAUCUUUACUCAGUCACAAUCUUGCUUGUGUAUACCCCUCACUGCUGGGAACUGCUGACAAAGUAACUCAUAGAUGCAAUCCUGGCUCCAGUCUCUGAUGAUCGGGGCGACUGUUGGACUAUGCUAGCCAGACUGUGUGUUCUAUUGGUUGUACAUGUUUGCUGCCCUGACUUGUCCAUGUUAUUUCUCCUUUUUCUGAAUCUAUAACAGCUCCUGCUUCCUUUAGGAUGUCUAUUCCAGGGAUGGUGCCCUCAUUAUUUGGACAUACCCAGAAAUACACUGGAAGCUACACUCCCCUGUUUUCUAGUAUUUACAUAGAAACAUAGAAAAUAGGUGCAGGAGUAGGCCAUUCGGCCCUUCGAGCCUGCACUGCCAUUUAUUAUGAUCAUGGCUGAUCAUCCAACACAGAACCCCGCCCCAGCCUUCCCUCCAUACCCCCUGACCCCCGUAGCCACAAGGGCCAUAUCUAACUCCCUCUUAAAUAUAGCCAAUGAACUGGCCUCAACUGUUUCCUGUGGCAGAGAAUUCCACAGAUUCACCACUCUCUAUGUGAAGAAGUUUUUCCUAAUCUCGGUCCUAAAAGGCUUCCCCUUUAUCCUCAAACUGUGACCCCUCAUUCUGGACUUCCCCAACAUCGGGAACAAUCUUCCUGCAUCUAGCCUGUCCAAUCCCUUUAGGAUUUUACACGUUUCAAUCAGAUCCCCCCUCAAUCUUCUAAAUUCCAACGAGUACAAGCCCAGUUCAUCUAGUCUUUCUUCAUAUGAAAGUCCUGCCAUCCCAGGAAUCAAUCUGGUGAACCUUCUUUGUACUCCCUCUAUGGCAAGGAUGUCUUUCCUCAGAUUAGGGGACCAAAACUGCACACAAUACUCCAGGUGUGGUCUCACCAAGGCCUUGUACAACUGCAGUAGUACCUCCCUGCUCCUGUACUCGAAUCCUCUCGCUAUAAAUGCCAGCAUACCAUUCGCCUUUUUCACCGCCUGCUGUACCUGCAUGCCCACUUUCAAUGACUGGUGUGUAAUGACACCCAGGUCUCGUUGCACCUCCCCUUUUCCUAAUUGUGACUCGCUUCUUUCUGCUUUCACUGUUUUCCCUCCUACACCCCGAAUAUAAAUGGCCUGUCUGGUUGUUGGCAAGGGUAGGUCAGUUAUUGAUAUCAAUGCCCCUGUGUCCAUUAGCAUAUUGCAUUGCUGUCCUCCUAACAAUGUUGUUGCGUACAUCCGCGGGUCACCAGCGCUGGCAGUGGGGCCCGCCGCCACAUCUUUUUCUUUACUAGCUCUAUGAUCUGAUCAACAGUCAGACUGGGCACCGAUGGGUUGAGAGAUUGUGUAUCUGCUGUGACGUUCACCUGUUUUUCUUUCCUUUUUCUUGGACACUGCCUCCAACCAUGUCCCAAUAACUCCUUUACCCUCCCACGUCUAUUCCAGCAGUUCUUUGCUUUGUGCCCUCAUCGCUGGCAAGCAAAACAAACUCUCUGGUACAUCAUAGCAGCUGCUUCCACUAUAGCCACUUUACGAUCUCUCUUGCACUUUCUUCGGUCUAUCUCACUGGCCCACGGACAGAGUAGGUCGACCCCACCGUUAAGCACUCAAAAAUUGACCUAGGCUUAGUUGGCUUAAAGUUAUGAGGGAGAGGAAGUAUGAUGUACCCAAUCUUAAAUCUUCAUUUAACUAUUGCUGCACAUACCAUAGGCCUUAUUUCUCAAACAAUACCAUAGCAUUUUUAUCUCGGUAUUUUUCCCAACCGUGUGUUCUGAGAAAGUAAAAUGGAAAUGAGCUCAAUAAACUCCUCACAUGUUUUAGGUGAAAGAUAUGAAGGGGUGCCUGAUCCUGCAUUUCCAAAUUUCUGUAUGUGUGCCUUCAAAAAUAGGUCAAACUCACUUAUUACCUCUAGAAUGCCCAUGUAGUUGCCGUUAUCAGGCCUGCCAAAUAUAUCACUGGAGCCUCGGAUAGCCAGUCCCCUCUCGACCAAAAAUUUCACAACCGCCACCAGUCUUCUCAAUACGUCGGUGCAGUAGACACACUCUGACUCGAACUGUUUUUGCAGUUCUGUAUCUAUUCUUCUGUUGUCAGGUGCUAGUGUAAGGUAGGUCAGUAUCGUUUUCCUGUGGUGUUUGCUAUUUUCAUGCUCUCCUAUGCGCUCAGCAGCAUGUUUCCAGUCGCUAAAGCCAGGUUUGAAGAUGGACUGAGUUACCAUCACUGAAGAUGCGACAUGCAAAACAAAACAUAGCCAGUGGAAGGGGUAUAUAAGAGCCAUUGCCUUGAUAUGUACUCACCAUUUAUGAGCCUGAGUUUGAAGUGAAAUUUGGAGAAAAAACGUCUCUGCUGUUUGUAUACUCAUUCCGAAGCUUUGAUAUCCACAUCCGUAUUCCGGCAGGACUCCAGCCCUUUCUUAGCCCAGUACGCUCAGACUGAAUCAUCUAACAUUUCCUUUCCCCAGUGAGCAGGAUCAGUGCUGUAAGGAUCCUCAGUAGCGGUAACGUUAACAUUAAUGGUGGCCCGACUUGGUUGUUCGGAGGCGUCUGUGGUCAGGAAUCCCAAAGUCAUGCUCUCUGCCUCUUCGAGGUUAGCUGCUGACUGUGGCAAGGACGGUGGUCCUGUGCUAACGCAGGUGCUGUGUUGAACAAGUCUCUAUUUGUCCACCGGUCCCAGACUGUGACGAGAGCGAUGGUACUGCUGCAUCAUCGAGAACAGGUUUAAAAAAUUCUGUCAAUUUCAAUGUCUUCUUUAAUGCUUCUUUCUUACGGUCCUUGUUUCCUUGUAUAUGUUUUCUUUUCUGUGCUCCACUCUCGUAUUUUUUUUUUGUCCGCCAUGAUGAUAGCUACCUAUUUUGGGCCCUUCUGCAGCUUUGGCCCCUGGGCUGCAGCCCAGCCUAGCCCUGCCUAAAGUCCGGCCCUGGGCUUAUGAAUGGUCGUAUUCAUUGUCAAGGGCUAGCUCGGAUCAUCAGGGUUUUCAACCCGACAUUGCUUGGUCUCAAUAGGUGCCAUCCUGACACAUAUAUCUGGGUAAAGCUUUUCCCUGAAGUAACUCCACACUAAUUCCCACACUGUGGUGUGUCCAUCGUCACCGAUGAAGACCUCAACACCAUUAGUCACUUUGAGACUGGAGGUGUGUCCGAAGAUGACUGGUCAGGCCAAUUCAGGCAUGAAAUGUCCUGGCACAUGUUGGGCAGACACAUGUAGACACUGCAGUUGCGCUGGUGGGUCUGGACUUGUGCUUCAGCAAUGCGCCUUGCCUCGUCAGCUUGACAGCCCUUGUGGAUGAGGCCGCGCCAGGUAGGGCAGUCUUGUGCCAGCGUUUCGCAGCAGGUCGUGUCUAUGUCAAGUGACUUCAGGGAGGCCUUUAUUGUGUCUUUGUAACGUUUCUUCUGCCCUCCACGCAAGCGUCUUCCAGCAGAGAGUUCCCCAAAAAGGAGUUGCUUGGGUAUGCGCUCGGCCCACUGGGUCCGUGCUCUCAUCAGCAGUGUGUGAACUGAUGGUAGACUUGCUUUAGAGAGAACUUCAGUGUCUGGUACUUUAUCUUGCCAUCUGAUGCCUAAUAUUCUGUGAAGACAAGUCAUGUGGAAAUGUUUGAGCUGUCUUGCAUGCCUUCGACACACAAUCCAUGUUUCCAAACAAUCCAAAGAUUGUUGGAACCUGCAUACAAGUUUGUGAUGAGGUUUACAAAACGAGUGCGACACCCCACCCCACCCAAAUCUGGUCUAACAACAAGCAAAUGGCCAAGGGAGUCAAAUGCUUUUGCAAGAUCAACGAACACUACUGUUAGCUAGAACCCAUCAGUUCUCUUGCCAGACCUUUUUUUUUAUUAGCAUUACAGUGAAGGCUAUACAUCUCAACUUUAGCUUCCUUGUUUCAAGCUUGUAUGGCCUUUCCCUUUUUGUCUACAAAAAUAUUAGUAACAUUUCCUAAAAUCCUAAAACUGAAAAUCAUUAUUAAUAAUAUCUAAUGAUGGAUUAUCUAAUAUGGUCAAAGCUGCUGAAGUAUGUCUCUAUCUGUAUAUAGAUUCUGUCUGGUUGGUAAUAGAUGCACUGACUAUGACUGAAUUUAACCUCAUGUUCAUCUUGCCUAUUAGUAUUUAAAUACUUAUCUCUCAAUUGGACAAACUCUAGUUUCCUUUAAUAUGAAAUCUGUUUAUUGGUCUUGGAGCCUUAUCACACUGUCAAGGAAAACAUAAAUGUUUUUCUUGCCAAUGUAUUAUUUUUGCUCCAAGGCCAAUAGUCUAUAUUGAUUGAGGUCUACCUUUCCUAACCGGUUUCUGUGCAACUAGAAGACUUGGAGGUACAUUGGCUCUUCUCAUCAAGUUGUGCAGAGCUGGGUGCAUGUAGAACUUGUGCUGGCCUAGACCAAUCUUUGAGUUGAAGGAUGCAUCACAUUCAUUGCAUUUGAAUGACCUGGAAUUCUGAUGCACAAAAUCAGCACAUCCCUCAUCAGAGUCUGGUCUGCUCACAUACAAGACUUUGGGUUUGGACUGUGUGAGGGAGAUAUGCCAUUAAAAGAUCCACUCCAGUUGAUAUAGUCCAGUGAAACUGACCAUGGUGAUGAAUACAGCCUUCCUCGCUGUAGCAAAGGCCACCCAAUAAUCUCCCUCACUACAGCAGGGGUUUUCAACUUUUUUUAUACUAUGGAGCCUUAUUAUUAACCAAGGGAUCUGUGGACUCCAGGAUGGGAACCUGUGCGCUACAGCAUCACUGGGCUGGUGCUCCAGUAACUGGCACAGUACGGCCAUCAGCAGUCAUUGCCAAUCUUCAAUAAAUAAACUGGACUUCCAUUUACAAUAGAACACACCAUGACUGGACCUUGGGGCAGGAGUCUCUAAUCAUACAGUUGUCGUCAGACAUAACAACGUGGAUUGAGUUACAGGUUCCAAUCACACUGUAAAUUUGCUUAAUCAGAAAAGUUGACAAUAAAGAUA